GAACCAACAGCUUGAACAGUCGAUGCAAGAAUUGUCCGGAGACUCAAGUGAUGAGGAAUUUGCACCCGAAGCUCAUGGAACUUUCACGUCUCCUGCCAAGUUUGCAGGUCUAGAACCACCUAAUCCACCUUCCACUGGAUCUUCAAAACUUGAUCCACAUUCCACUAGCUCCAAAAAUGGACUGUUCAAACAAAAAGACGCGGCUUCAACCGAAGACACGGCGGUUUCUACUGAAGCCGACAUUCGAAACAUGGUGGAAGACAUGUCUAUCCAGAAACCAGCAGGUUUGGACCAAAUCAGCCAGAAACUACAGAAUAUGGAAGAGGCAUUCAAAUACCUUGAAAACAUCGCCAACGCUCCAUACUCGCUUAUGAACGAUUUAGGCGGCGAACUAACCCAGUUUAUUGCAGCUUUGCCUCCAGAAGAAGAGGAUAUGACCAUCAAACAAUGGCUUGAGCACUCGG